GGAGCCAGGGGGCAGCUCCUGGCGGGCGCGGCGCUCUGCGGGGCGGGGCUCCGGGCCAGCCGGGCUCCACCCAAGGCCGGGCUGCGCGGAGCCCAGCCAGAGGCAGCAGCCAGCGGGCAGGGGGGCCCGGAGGCAGCGCACCAGCGGAGCCGCCAUGGGGCUGGAGAAGGAGACGGGAGACACGAAGAUCUUCAUGGCCGAGGACAGCUUCGGGCGCCCCGGCGGCCCCGCGCUAGCCGGCCCGGAGAGCGGCCCCGGCAGAGACCCGCAUGGGCUGAACACCCACCUGAAGCUAGGGUUUGAGGAUGUCCUAGCAGAGCCUGCAUCAUUUCACUCCUUUGACAAAGUUUGGAUAUGCAGCCACGCUCUCUUUGAGCUCAGUAAAUACGCGCUGUACAAGCUCCUGACUCUCUUCCUUGCUAUCCCACUGGCUCUGGUUGCAGGAAUUGUCUUUGCAGUACUCAGCUGUCUGCACAUCUGGAUUGUGAUGCCUUUUGUAAAGACCUGCCUCAUGGUCUUGCCUUCAGUGCAGACUGUAUGGAAGAGUGUGACGGAUGUUCUUAUUGCACCGUUAUUUCACAGCCUAGGCCGAUGUUUUGCUAUAGUUAAUAUACGCCUGGACCAAGAGUAAACAUCAAGGAUACAAUUCUGCUGUAGUCUUAGAUGGUGGUAUGCCUCUUUGCUAAUGUAACACAGGUGCACUUAUCAUUCAUUCCAAAACUGUUGGGAUUAAAAUAGCUGGUUUAAAAUGGGGACACAUUAUUUUUUUUUAAAAAUCAUUUACUUUCAGGGGAUCAAUUUAAGAUAAACUAGACUAUUUUCAUAUCUAACUAUUUUAAACAACAGAAAAAAUGUGGGGUAUUUUGGCAACACUUUAUUUUAAUGGUACAUUGAUUGCCAAGUUGCAGAAAAAAUCAUGUGGAGGUAUAUGUGACCACCACAAUAGUAUCAUAGAAAAUUGCUGUGGCCAGUGUUGUUACUCUGAAUACUAGUGAAAUUAGUAGUGAUGUGAUACACUGGGCCAAACUAACUUCUAGGGUUUCAGAGUUGGGUCUGGCCCACUAUUCAGCAUAAUACAUGGAAGGUUGUAUGCUCAGUUCUUGUUGUCAGCAGGAGUCAUGCCUGCAACUCCCUGCAUAAUACAGUACUGAUGUGCAUGGGUAAUAUUCACUGAGCUCCCAUUGCUGCUUUGUAAAUCUCCCAUAUAUCAAUGGAGAAAAGUUCCCCAAAGUUUACCCCUUAAAAUGAAGUGUUAGCUAAUGGUUUGAGAAAAUCAGCUAAUCUAUAUAUAUUAUUUAAUGAGAUUUUAAUUUUGCUGUAUAUUUUGUAUUUAUGUAAAUGUUACUUUAUCAGUUUUCCUUGAAGCAUUAUUUCUAAAGCAUUUGUAUACUUGCGGAAUUAUUAUGCUGAAGAAGUUUGACACUGCAGAAGAUUGAAUGAGAUUGGUGAGCUUUUACUGACUAGAUUACGCAGAUCUUUGGAAAUGCUGCUGUGCAAUUCAAGUAUAUAUUGUUUUCGUAAUUGAAUGUGAAAUCAGUGCACACAAAUGUUUUCAUACAAGAUUAUGCAAAAGAGUUUGAAAUACAUGUUUAUGAGCAUUGUUCAUUUUUUUUAAUUAAAAACAGGCUGUAAUAAAUGCAACCUUGCCUAUCUCUGUGUAUUAUCAGCAACAUUGUGAUAUUUAAAAUAAUAUACACUAUUCUGGCACUUUGAUUAAGUAGAAAGCGUUCUCUCUUAUUUCAAGCAAGUGGACAUAUUUAGUAUGCUUGUCCAGUUCUCUCCACACAUUUAAUUGUCUCUGGUAAAUGCUUAUUUAUUACUUUUAAAGUCUAACUAUAAAGGAUAGUUUUCCCUCCUGCACUUAAUACAGCUUUAUAAACCAGAAUAGCGUGUAAACAAAGAUACAUGAAAAUUAUAUUGAUCUUUUGAUGGGGUACAUGCUACUGAUUUAUAUAAAUGCAGAUGAAUAAGUUACAACUGUAAAAUGUUUAUAAUAUGCUGCAAUAUGUUUUCCUCUGAAGCAAUGUCAUGCAUUCCUUAUCAUAUAUGAGGUAUGUAAUAAAAUAAUAAAAAACUAGCUUUUUCAAUUUUUGGUAACCCAA